CAGGCUGCUGUUAAAGCCUGCUGCCAUUUCAUCAGCGCAUCCUCACGGAAAAUCCCAACAGUCCCGGUCCAGUAAACCAGGAGCCGUGAUCUGCUGUCGGUUUACACCCAAAAAUACAAAACUAUUCCAUCAAAUAUCUUGUACAGUUUGUAAAAACCAGUUCCAGGACGGAGGCAACAAGGUGGAGGCGCCUUAUUCCUGUCAGCAUCAACACAAGCACUGCUGCUGUUUGGACAAUCUUCUGUUUUUCCAACAUGGGGUUUGUUUUUCCCAAAUACUGAGCUCUUAAGUUCAAGAUAUGGAGACCAUAUGGCUGUAUCAGUUUCGUCUGAUCGUCAUUGGAGAUUCCACGGUGGGGAAGUCGUGUCUGAUCCGGAGGUUCACAGAGGGUCGUUUCGCCCAGGUGUCAGACCCUACAGUGGGGGUGGACUUCUUCUCUCGUCUGGUGGAGAUUGAGCCCGGCAAAAGGAUCAAACUCCAGAUCUGGGACACUGCAGGCCAGGAGAGAUUCAGGUCUAUCACCAGAGCCUACUACCGUAACUCUGUUGGCGGCCUGUUACUCUUCGACAUCACGAACCGCCGCUCCUUCCAAAACGUCCACAACUGGCUGGAGGAGGCGCAGAGCCACGUCCAGCCUCACAGCAUCGUCUUCCUGCUGGUCGGUCACAAGUGCGACCUGGAGGCCCAGCGUCAGGUGACCCAGCAGGAGGCAGAGAAGCUGGCGGGGGCUUAUGGGAUGCGCUACGUGGAGACAUCAGCACGAGACGCCAUCAAUGUAGAGAAGGCGUUCGUGGAUCUGACACGGGACAUCUUUGAACUGGUGCGAAGCGGCGACAUCAAAAUCCAGGACGGCUGGGAGGGAGUCAAGAGUGGCUUCGUCCCCAACACUGUCCACUCGUCCGAGGAGGUGACGAAGGGCGGCCGGCAGUGCUUCUGCUGAUUUAUCUGACCGACCGGAGGCCUUUCUGCUAUACGAGGCCGUGGCUGACCUCAGGCCUGUUCAGACUUUGUUUAUUUCCCUGCUCAGUUACACACUUCGCUCCUUUAUAGAUCAUGUUUUUUGGCUCCAGACUCUUUUUGCUGCCUGUUCCAGACAUCUAGAACACCUUAUUGGGGUUCACACCAGGGGUAGAAGCACAAGACGUACCCUCCACCUCACUGUUUCGUAUGCAUGUGUGUGUGUGUGUGUGUGCGUGUGUGUGUGACCCUCAAACCCAUUUGACUUUUCCUCUUAACCACACCCUGAAUAUGUACUUUAUAGUUACCCUCAAACACCAGCAGCUGCUUUUUGUUCUUGCAGCUGUGACCAACUCUUCUUCUUUCCUCUGAACUGUACAGUUUUACUCCACUGUCUGUUUACAUCAGGGCUGUCAAAGUCAUUUUAGUUUAGCCACAUACAACCCAAUUUGAUCUCAUGUGGGCCAGACCAGGGAAAUAAUAAGCAUAUGAACCAAUAAAUAUCUUUUUAGAGUAAAAACAA